AUGGCCGACGAGGAACUCAAGAAGGUAAUUGAUGUUUGGAUGAUAUUAUUUCAUUAGUUUUUCAGGCUUUCCAAGAUUUGCAGUUCAAGACAAAUGAAACAAGGGGUAGAAUCUCUCUGGGAGAGACGAACAAGAAAAUCAUUUAUCAGGUAUGUUGAUUGAACAAAGUCCCUACCGAAUCUCAUGUUCUGCAGAAGCAGCGAGUCUCCGAAGUUGCCCACAGGACGGUUUCGGAAGUUCCUGACAAUUUGCCAGUUUAUCGAAGUAUUGGAAGGAUGUUUUUGUUGACAGAUAAACCUUCUGAACUUGAGCGUCACAAACAAGAAGAAAAGGAGUUCAAGUAAAGUUGUUUUUUGUUAUUGUUUCUAAUCCUUUUGAUUCAGAGAAAAGAUCGAAACGAUUGACAAACAACGAGUUUAUCUCGAGAAAGGAUUGCUGGAAGCUGAGUCAAAUCUUCGCGAAAUGAUCCAGUCUCGACGUUCAUAA